AUGAAAGAUACAGCUACAUCUUGCAUGCUGGUGGCUACCCUUAUUGCUACAGUGGUGUUUGCUGCACCUUUUACUGCACCAGGUGGGAGCAUUAGCGACAUUAACAGCAAAGAUAAUGGCAUACCGAUAUUCUUGCGCAAGAACUCCUUCAUGGUUUUUGCAAUUGCCGAUUCCUUGGCUCUUUUCUCUUCACUCACAUCCUUUUCCAAUCGUCUUCUUCUUCUAGCGCUCUUUCGUUUUCACAUAAGCCGGUCUCUCUACUCUUCAACUCUUAUGCUCGACGAACUCAACCUUAGGAUUGUUGGUGACGAUCCGUUUGCAUACGAAGAUAACUUCUCAGGUACGCGGGCGGCGAAGUCGAAGGGAGCAUACGUGCACCUUCGGAUCCACAAGCGCAAGGGGAAAAAGUGUCUUACUACUGUCGAAGGACUAAACCCGGAGGAGCUCAACCUUGAAAACAUUCUCAAGGAGUUCAAGAAGGGUUUAUGCUGCAAUGGGAAUGUAGUUCAGGACAAGGAAUUGGGGAAAGUUAUUCAACUCCAGGGUGAUCAAAGGAAGAACGUGCUUGAUUCCCUUGUCAAGGCUGGUGUUUCUGAUAAGGAAGAUAUCAAGAUCCACGGUUAUUAG